AUGGCCGACGAAUACGGAGCCGACGAUGCGCUGCUGGCCGCCAUGGCCGCCGCCGAUCCGACGCCCGUCGCACGCCGGCCCGCGCCUCCGCAGCAGCAGCCGCGACCGCACAAGAUCCAGCAGCCCGUGCCGCAGCGCCUCGACAAGGCACCACCACCCGCGGCCGCAGGGCCGGGAGGAGGCAAAGUGGUGCAGCCGACGCCGCAGUCGCUCCCGCAGAGACAAGGCGCCUCCAAUAUCCUGGUCUCGCCGCGGCAGCGCGGCAAUCCGGUCCUGACGCACAUCAAGUCGAUGCCCUGGGAGUACAGCGAUAUCCCGGCCGACUACAUUCUCGGGGUCACGAUGACGGCCGUGCUGUUUCUAAGUCUCAAAUACCACCGCCUCCAUCCUGAAUACGUCUACACCCGAAUUCGAAACCUGCAAGGCAAAUACAACCUGCGAAUUCUACUCACGAUGAUUGAUAUUCCGAAUCACGAAGACCCUCUCCGCGAGCUGUCCAAGACGUCCAUGGUCAAUAAUGUCACCAUUAUAUCGUGCUGGUCUGCCGCCGAGGCGGCGCGCUACUUGGAGCUGUACAAGGCCUACGAGCACGCCAGCUUCGAAGCGAUCCGCGGCAAGCAGUCUUCGAGCUACGCAGAGCGACUUGUCGACUUUGUUACGGUCCCGCGCAGCUUGAACAAAUCCGACGCUGUGGCGCUCGUGGCCAAUUUCGGCAGCCUCCGAAACGCCAUCAAUGCCGACGCGGAGCAGCUUGGCAUGCUGAGCGGCUGGGGCGGUGUCAAGGUCAAGCGCUGGAGCGCCGCGAUCGAGGAGCCAUUCCGCGCCAAGAAUGCCUCCAAGCGUGUCCUGCCUACGGGUGGUGCCGCUGCCGUCGCCGCCCCUGCUGAGCCCGGAGCAUCGCGGCUGCAAGAGGCAGUGCCGCUCUCGCGCGUGCCGUUGCGCGACAUGCCAGCUGUCUCGGCCGCUGAAACGACAACAACAGGUCAGGCGGCCCAUUCGAGCAAGCAGUUUCACUUUCGUGGGGACACGGACGACGAGGAGGAUGAGCUAGACGCUGCCGCGGCCACUGCUUCCAAACCGGCAGACACGAUCAGCAAAGUAGCGCAGCCUGAGCCUGAAGCACUCUCGGAGGGAAUUGCUGCCGCAUUAGCAAAACUUCGCAAGUAA